AUGGCUCCCAAGGUUGCCAUUAUCUACUAUUCUAUGUACGGCCAUCUCGGCAAGCUGGCCCAGGCAGAGAAGAAGGGCAUUGAAGCAUCAGGAGGCACCGUCGACCUUUACCAAAUUGAAGAGACUCUCCCUCGAGAAGUUCUAACCAAGAUGCAUGCACCUACUCAAGACGCUUCGAUCCCCUUCAUCACCCCGGAUAUCCUCAAGACCUAUGAUGCCUUUCUAUUCGGCAUCCCCACCCGCUUCGGCAACUACUCCGCCCAGUGGAAAACCUUCAUCGACGGGCUCGGCCAGCUAUGGAUUUCCGGCGCUCUUCACGGCAAGUACUUUGGGCUUUUCGUCAGCACCGCAACCCCCGGCGGCGGCCAAGAAGCCACAUGUAUGAACGCUCUAUCAUCCUGGAUACACCUGGGUUUGAUUUACGUUCCGCUCGGAUACGCGACGACCUUUCAGCUUCUGAGCAACCUGGAUGAGGUUCGCGGCGGCUCUCCUUGGGGCGCAGGCACCUUUACCUCUGGUGACGGCAGCCGCCAGCCAACCACAAAGGAGCUUGAGCUUGCCACUGCCCAAGGCAAGAGCUUCUGGAAGCACAUUAGCCGGGUUAACUUUGGUGCCUGA